UUUUUUGUUUACUAAUUUGAAGCUAAUCAACAAUGAUUCAAUGAAUACAAUGAUAAUAACUAAUAUUUAAUAUGUGCCUUGUGCAAGAUUCGUUUUAGCUGAAAACACUUUUGCAAUGUCAUCGGAUUUCGUAAGGGUUUUCAUCGUGUGCGACAUAAACCUCGCUCCUUGACGAGAUAUUAAAAAUCUUCCAGUAAAAUCUCUCAACUGAAGAAAGAAGAAAAUGUUCUUUGUUCGGUCCGCUCUUUUGUUGUUAAUUUACUUAUGUUACAGUUCUUUCGGCUACAAACCAGUAAUUCUUCUACAUGGCAUACUAACUGGUUCUGAGAGUAUGGAACUCAUCAAAAGCAGGAUUGAAGAGAAACACCCCGGAACCAAAGUUUAUAACAUAGAUAGGUUUGAAGGGUGGUCAAGUCUUGAAAAUAUGUGGUAUCAAGCACAACAACUCAGUCAGAAUUUAACAAAUAUUACUAAACAACAUCCAGAUGGUGUGAAUUUCUUAGGUUAUUCUCAGGGUGCUCUCUUAGCUCGUACUAUUCUACAAGCUACCCCAAAUCACACUGUACAUAGAUUUAUAUCUCUUAGUGGGCCACAGGCAGGACAAUAUGGAACUUCCUUCCUUCAUUUAUAUUUCCCUGGUUUAGCAUUAAAGACAGCUUUUGAAUUAUUUUAUUCAAGAGUGGGACAACAUACCUCUGUAGGCAAUUAUUGGAAUGAUCCAUAUCAUAAGAGUUUGUACAUGAACUAUUCUCAGUAUUUGCCAUAUGUUAAUAAUGAGAUUUUGUCUUCAAAGAGUGCAGAUUUCAAAAAUGCUCUCACUAAGUUGAAUAUGAUGGUACUCAUUGGAGGGCCAGAUGAUGAUGUUAUAACACCUUGGGAAUCCAGCCAAUUUGGAUAUUAUGAUGGCAAUGGGACAGUGGUUACUCUGAUGGAUCGUAGUAUAUUCAAGAAUGACGCAAUUGGUUUGAAAACUUUAUAUGACAAAAAGAAAUUGAAAAUAGUGACUGUUCCAGGUAUAAAUCACUUUAUGUGGCAUAUCAAUGUAUCUAUUUGUGAUAAUUAUAUUUUACCUUAUUUGGAUUGAUAUUAUAAAAUAUUGUAUUUGUGUGAUUAUUAUAUAAAUAGUCUUAUAUAUA